UCCUUCAAUACAUUUGAGGGUAUGUAGGCAUAGAGUUGUAAGACUCUAGUGAGUACAAUAAUCAAAAAUAAUUUUUUAGGGCUUCCCUUAUUAAAAUAAUAAAAUAUUUUUGUAAAUAAAUAAAUAAUUAAACAAUUAAUAAAUAUCAAGCAAACAUCUUUAAGCACACACUAAUCCUAGAAGUAAAGGAGGAUGUCAUUGAGUAUAAUGGAGGUAAGGGGUGUCUAAAACCUUCCCCUUACUUAACUGACUCCCGAACCCCGUAUCUCACCUUUAGUUAAUAUGUUUUAGCUAUAUUUUCUUGUUCCUUAAGAACAAAUAAAGAAUGGUGGCGACUUUGUUAUUUUUCCAGUAGUGACAUCUGACGACUCUACAAUUGAGUCACCAUCGAACUUUAUUUAUUCUCGAAGGAAAGGGAAAACAUCUAUAAAACUCCGGGAAAAGAGAUAUGCUGGGUAAGGAAGUCGGUUAUGCAAGAGAAAUGUAUUAGCACCCCUAACAUACAUCGUACUACAUGAGAAUCAUUUUGAUUGUUCUCGCUCGAAUAGGUAUGAUAUCUAAAGAUCACUCACGAAAGAAUGGGAAAAGGAAGAUAAAUAGAUAAAGUGUUCGGCGAGGAUUGAAGCCUUCAUGCCUACGUAUCCUCAUAGUGCGAUGAGGAAUUCAGAGCUCCAUAGUUAAAAGAACUAGUGGUGGGAGGUGAAAAGAAUUGUGAUAACAAUAUGGUUUGAACCAAAGAAUUUGUGUUUUGAACUCCAACAAGGGUGAAAACAUGAACCCUAGGGUAAGGUGGCUUUUACCAGUACGUGGGCUAGCAUGGCUGCCGCUAUAGGGUAAGGCCAAAAAUACGAAGAAAUAAGUGUUUGGGAGUGAUCUAAACAUCUCUUGGUUCACAAGGUGACGCAAGAUGAGGCACAGAGAGGUAGUGUAUUUUGAUCAAAGAUACUAGUAUAUCACAUAUAGUGAAUGAAAGUAGAGUAUGAAUGUACAUGGAGAUGAAUGGAGGAAUGCCUUAAGGCAGGAGUAAUAAAUAAGUAUGCUCGCAGAGGAUUCAAACCCACGUGCCUAAGUAUUCUCAUUGUGCAAUGUGAAAAUUAGAGCAAUCAUAAUUCAACUUACUAUGGAUGAAAACAAAAGGGAACGAUAUUGAUUGUCAAGAGGCAAGAUAAGUUGCUUAACAAGCAAGAGUAUGGUAAUAACCCAAUAAUUGUGAUCCACCACAAGGACAAACGAUAUAUGAUUGGCCUAUACAUGAGAGGAUUUACAAGGCCAAAGAUUCGUCUAAGCACGGGAGGUCUUAUAAGACGAACAAAUGAUUAUGAAAUGAUUGGCCUAUACAUAAGAGGAUUUUCAAGGCAAAAGAGCUUCGUCUAAGCACGAGAGGUCUUAUAAGACAAAGAUUAUAAAAUGAUUGGCCUACACACGAGAGGAUUUACAAGGAAAGAACUUCGUCUAAGCACGAGAGGUCUUAUAAGACAAGCAAAGAUUAGGGGGUUUGCCACAGCACAAGAGGACUGACGAGGCAGACACUGAUUAAAUAGAGUGGGCCUAAGCACAAGAGGACUGAUAAAGCUCAUAACGAUUGAGUGAAGUGGGCCUAAGCACAAGAGUACUGAUGGGGCGCACAAUGAGUAGGGAUUUGCCAAAGCACAAGAGGACUGACGAGGCAAACAAUGAUUGAGUUGAUUGAUUAUGAUUCAAAGACUUGAUUACAAGGGAAUUGAUCCAAAGGAUAUUUGAAUGUCAAAGGGAGUAUGAUUAAUGAUCCACUAAGGAAGAAAUGAUUAAUGUGCAAUGGUGCUUCACUAUUAAAGUGUUGAAUUAUUGAUGCUUGCUUGAAGAAUACUUGUCAAUUGCAUGAUUUAAGAUUGCACUAAAGUUUAUGAACAAGGGCGAGUGCUUUGAAUAGCUAGGGCAUACACCCCAUACGCAAAGUCAUUCUAGACAAGGAUAGGAGAAACUUUGUCUCAUCAUUCCUCAUUGCUUAAGGCUUAUAGCUUACAAUUUUAAUCCCACUUGUCAAGUGUUGACACCUUUGUUGUGCUUGAGAAUGUAGUCCACUUUGCUAGCCAUGCUUGAUUGAUGUUGACUUGAAGUCUUGAUCUUGUAUUUAAACCUUGAGGUCUUAAGCUCCAGUGCUUCAAUAUAUCCAUAAUAGUUCGAGACUAAUGAACUUGUCAUGUCAACUGAUCAAGGGUCUUUUGAUCACUUGAAGUAGGCUAUGGGCUUACAACACAUUUACAAAGGAUUUGGUUGACCAAAGCAACCUUUGGUCAAUGUUAAUCGGUGGGAAAAAUAAUAGUUGAAUUAUAUACAAUAAUAAAUCUAUUGAAUCCGACAAAUCUGAUUAAAUCCCUAAACUAAGGGAUCAUGCAUUGAAAAUCAAGAUUUAGGCCCUAAGGGAAAAAUAGUCAUAUCCUAAAAAUUGACUAAUUUCUAACAAACAAGAUUCAAUUAAAAUUAAUUAACUCAUUAAUUAACCUAUUUAGCAUUCUAAUUCUAAAUCUAAAAUUAACAUUUAAUUAAAACUAUAUUAGGCCUAAUAUUACUUAAAUUUCUACCUAAAGUUUCUAACGAAAUUCAGUUAUCUUAAUCAUCCUAGUCAAAACAAUGUCUAAACAUACCCUAAUUUAAACUUAGUAAUCUAAAAAUCUAAUUAAUCAUUUAUUUCAUAAAGAACACUUAAAUUAAUUAAGAUUCUAAAUCAACCUAAUUAAUUAUGAUUAUUCUUAAAACAAUAUUUAGAAUACUUAGAAACAGGCAGAAUGACCUUAGAAUAUCCAACACAAAAUGGAGCAUUUAGUCAGCACAUAACAAGAUUUUGCUUGGGCCCGGGGAGCUUGGCCCAUCGUGAAUCCCAGUCUCAUAGCAGGGGUAUGUGUAGCAAACAAGGUGUGUAUGAAGAAAGUGUUUGAGCAUAAGGCCCAAACCUAAUGUACGCCACAAACAAAUGAAAAGAAGGCGAUAAGGAGAAGAAGUUGUAUUGCAUCAAACGACAAUGCGCCUCUACACACAAGCCAACCUAAAAAAAGUGCUUUUCAUGGAAAAUAAAAAAAAGUGAUUCUUCGUUUCGCAACCUCCUCACGUUCCAAAUCUCCACUUGCAUCUUCGUUAACAUUCAACCCUCGAGAUAUCGCCGUGUGCUUCACGUUCAUCAUCUUCACGUCGUCAUCGUCAAUGCCCUCACAUUUCUCAGCCUACAAGUUUCAAAACACGAGUUGAAUACAAUAAUCUUCCAGCUUUCUCAUUGCUAUCAACAUCCGCACUAUCCUAUUAACAUCCUCGUUCAUAAACCGGAUAACGAUGAAGAUCGCUCUAUCGUAUUGUAGAGGAGUUGUGUGGUGAUUGAAUCUCGAUUCUUUUCCUCAAGAACAACAUUGAGAAACGUGACGUCGAGAUCAAAAGAGUCCCUGGUAGGGGUGUUCGCGGUGCGAUUUGGGCGGGUUUUGCGAUAAAAAUCACCCGAACUGCAAGAGAAAAAAGUAUGUGGUUCGGUUUGGUUCGGUUGACUUUUAGAAAUAAAACCAAACCAAACCAAACCAAAUCAAUGCGGUUUGGGUUAGUUCAGUUGGUUCGGUUUUUUAUAAUAUUUUUAUUGAGCCAUAUAUACUCCUAUAAAUAAUGAUAUAACUUUGUGUUUAGUCAUUCAUAUAUUACUAAAUAACAUCAAAUUUCAUCAUAUUUAGACAAAAAUGUUUCAUUCAAUAUACAAAAAACCAGAUUAGACAAAAGUGGAAUAAAAGACAAAUAUAAAUAGUAGCAUAAAAUAAUAUCAAAGACAUUAUAAUAAAACAUAAAAAAAAAACAUAUGAGAUGAGAGAUUAGAGAAGAUGAAAAAAAGAACAUAAGAGAUGCGAGAUUGAGAAGAAAAGUGCAAUAAAAACGUAAUUGGAAGAGAAAAUAGUAACAUAAAAGAUAAAAAAGAAAGAACAUAAUAGAGGACUUAUUAGAGUAGAAUAGGCGAUACCUACAUGGAAAAGAAGAUGAGAAGAAUGUGUGAUACUACUGUGAUAGAUUUAAGAAGGUUGAAAUUGAAACCCUAAGUGUGAUUAAGAGAAAAUCGUUUGUAAUUGUAAGGUUAAGACAUACUAGGUUUGAGGUUUGGGUUGGAUGUGAGAUAAGUGAACUUUGGGUUGUAACAUAAUGCGGUUUGGUUUGUUUUAGUUCGGUUUGUAAAAUACAAACCACAAACCAAACCAAACCGUGCGGUUUUAUUAAAAAAUGACCCAAACGAAUCCGAACCAAAUGCGGUUUUUUGCGGUUUCGAUUUGGUUUGGUUUGGUUUGCGGUUUUCUAUUGGGUUGGUUUGGUUUUGAACACCCAUAGUCCCUGAGAUCUAAUGCUUUAACUCAUUUAUGCAUACCUAACCAGCAAAGUGGAAUAGGAACAAGGAAACAUACCUGAUUGGACUUUCAAUUACAAAUAGGUGCGAUACAAAUCUUUCUCAAAUUUGGCUUACCUUCACUUUCCCUUCUGCUUAUGAGUUCUGAUUUCACUUCUUACGCGCGAGAUGAAAUCUUGAUACCCUAUAACUGAUUAUGCCAAUCAACAGAUGAAUGAAGGAGAGUAACAGAGAGAAAGGAAUUCGUGAAGAAGAAUGAUUGUGCAAGAGCUGAAGCACAGAAAAUAGGUUGCAUGGAGUAGAUGACUUAGUCGCUCGUCCAGGAACAAUUUUGUCGCGACACCAUGUCAAGCUCUAAGCCAGAUAUCAAUUUGAUUGUGCCGACCAAAACUUGUAGCGGUAAAUUCAUGACCAUUAAGCUACGGAUAAACUUAACAUCAAUAAAACCAGAGUCGCCACCGCGCUUUUAUUUUUUCCAAAGGAAAAGGGAAAAGUACGAACAAAACCCAAAGAUAAGAAGUUUUCAAAUCAAAACUAAUAAAAUUCCAGAGAUUACAGGUAAGGGGGUUGGUUACACAUAGGGAAAGUAUUAACACCCAAAGUGUCCUAGGUACUCCUAGGGAGCCCUUUUUUAUGUGUGUAUGUGUUUUGGUAUAAAAUGAUGUUUGCAAUAAAUAGAGUGUGGGGGUGAGAAAAGAGUUCAUUAAUUAUAUUUUUGUGUUUGACAAGACCUUCGGACUUGCGCCUACGUACCAAUAUAAAAAUGAGGGAUCAAAACCUCGUAGUUCGUGGUAUCAAUUUCAAAGUGAGUGAAUUGCUUUUAAAAAAAAAUUAAAUUUAAGAGAGGCACAAAUGGGCCUAAAAGAGUUUGGAUGAGUGUUAUUUUUUUUUGUCUUUUGAAAUUUUAAGCCAAUAUUAUUAAGUUCAUUUACAAGUUUGAUUAAGAAAAGAGUGUAAAAAAAAUGCAAUGACAUAAGGCCAAAGUUUCUAAUUUUUGCAAUAAAGUCUAAGUUUAGAAAUCACAAGCAAAGAAGAUUUUGAAAGGGGGGAGAGAUUUGAAAAUUAAGAAAUGAGAGGAGAUGAAGAGACUAGUCCAAAGCAAAAAUUUAAAAGUUAAGAGUUGAAAAGAUCUGACCAAUGAGAUGCAAUCCAAUAAACAAGAAUGCCAUAUAGAAACCCACUUUUCCUUUGGACUUUAAAUCAAGCAAUAUCAGUAAGCAAGUAGCAAGAUGAAGAGUAAGGCAUCAAAUAAAGAUAGCCACAUCCAAGCAAGCAACAUUGUAGUCUUCUUUUUAAUAUUCCCAUGUAUCAGAUGACAUACUCCUUGAAUAACUCAGAAUAAGGCAUUAGACACAGGUUCAAAGUAACAUUUGCAUCAAGACCAUGUAGCAGAUGAACUCAAGUGGAUCCCAAUACUAAUAUCAAAUGAAAGCUCAAAUCACAAUAACUUGGUUUUAGAAAUUUUGGCAUUGGCCAAGUCCUUUUGCAUAGGGAAUGUUGCCUAAUUCUAAGUCUAAAGCUCAGAUCAAAUCCAACAGACCACACAAAUAUUUUUUUUAUGGUUUUUUGUUGUUUAUUAGGUAUUUUUAAGGUCCUAAGACCACAAACACAAACAAGAUACAUAAACAAAUAUAUACAAUCAUAAUAUAUAGCUCAAGUGAGCAAAGUGAAAAUGGCAUAAAUAUAAACAAGUUAAAUGAUAUGUAAAAGGGAAAAUGCAAUGGUAAAUGACUUGAAUUUAAAUUGCAUAAAGUAAAUGACUUGAAAUUAAAAGCAAUAAUAAGAAAAGUUAGUCAAAUGUUAGUUAAUUAGAUGUUAGUGAAGUUUUGCUUUUCAAUUAAUUAAGUUGUUCUUUGGAGAACACUUAACUCUCUAUUCACAAUCAUGGAUCCUUGAACCAAGACAUCUUCCAAAGGAAGGAAAAAAGGUCAAGUUUUCAUACAAUACCAUGAAAGGGGGAAGACUUACAAUCUCACUUACUAGAAUGCUAUGCCUUUUGGGUCAAAAUUUAGCACUAUGUUAAGCAAUCGUAAUUGGACUUAGGUAUAAGUCACAACUAUCUGAGGUUGGACAAUAGAAAUUUUGUUUUUAAUACAUGUUAAAGAUAUGGUAUAAUGAACCAUACUCCCAAAACAUACCACACAGAAAAAGAAAAUGAUCAAAGGAUGGACCUAAUCUCAUCCGUACUUGUAUUGGUUCAUCUAACAUGAAGUUAUUGAUGAACCAAUUAACCUUAGGAUAUUGAGACUUCAUUGGUCAAUGAAAGGGAUGAGAUAGAAUGGGAUUGAAGAUAAAUAUGGAGGGGAGAUGAGACAAACACAAAUUGGUCAUGGGAGAAAUUUUAUCAAAUUAAAAUCAUUCAUUCAUUUUGGGAGAUGAAAUAUACAUUUCAUCAAUCCCCUAAAUCCAAUGAUUUUAUUCCAACAAAAGUCAAAUCAACCUUGACGAAGGCCCAAACACAUAUUCAAACUUCACAAGUCAAUAAAAAUUGCUCAACAUAAUUUCUACACAAUUAAUAAAUUAAAAAUCAAAUUAAAAUGCAUUUAAAUUCAAUUAUGUGUGAUAAAAAACCUAAAACCUCUUCAAAACACCAAAUAAAUGGCCAAGAGAUUUAUCCUAGGUCAAACAAGGUCAAAGGACCUUAGACAAAGAAUUUCAUAAUUUUUGAAAAGUCAGCAGUAUUUUUAAACAACUAAAAAUAUAUACAAAAAAACAAUUAAUUCAUGAAAAAUAUCAAAAUUAAUCCAAAAAAUAAUUUUAAUUCAGAAAAUGAAAGAGGAAAAUAUUUGAAUUUUUUUGGUGAAAGUCCCAUAUUUUUUGGAUUAAAAAUGAAAUUGAUAUGAAUUAAUUAAAAUAAAUGGAUUAAACACAAAUACCAGAAAAUCAAAAAAAGGAGGGCCAUCAGAUCUCCCUCAUUAAUUGAGGUGGCAGAUCUGAUGGCCAAACGCACGCGUUCCAUAAACACCUUAGUCAACUGCGCCACACGCUUGGUAAUCAGAAGCAAGGGAUGAGAUUAAAACAUUUCAACUGGAUCCUAUGGCUGAGAUGUGUGACAACACACCACCGAAGCUAGGGCUCUGGUCUUCUUCUCCGACGGAUCUCACCGGACUGUUCCACCAUCAACCAUCACCCAAAUGAAAAAUAAGGACAUGUAUUUAAAGAAAAAAAUGCUCAGGAGCUUGAAUCUGACCUCAAUUUUGUCCAAUUCCAAGUAUAUAAGAAGAUACAGGGAUUUGAAUUUUUAGGAUCAUGAACUGAGUUGCUUCGAUUUGACCUCAAAGCAACUCAAUCUUCUUGCCUACAUUGAUAGGACUUAAGAUAACCAAAAAUAAACAAGAAUAGUGAAGAAUUGAGGGAGAAUCAAAGAGAGGAAAAUUAUGAAAAACCACCUUCAAUGGAGCUUCAGAUUGGCACGAUCCUGCUUUCAAUUAUGCUUGGCCUUUCUUCAGAUGUUUGAUGGAAGUGAAACGAAUCAAAGAAAGGGAUGGACUCUUGAAGUUUCAAUCUUAAAACAGAUGGAGAAUUGAAACUCAAUUUUCAAAGAAAAUUUUCAAGUUUAUGCCUCAAUGGUGAGGGUUUGAGAUUACAGGUUCAAAGCUUGGGCAUGAGGUCCUUAAUUCUGAGGAAUGAGGGUCUUAUUUAUAGGCCAUGAGAUUGAUUUUUGCAUACUCCAAAUUUGGCAAAUUUUGAAAUUCCCCUUUGCAUGGUUGUAUGGGCGUGUGCUAGACCCAUGAGAUGAUGUGAUCUGAUCCAUAAUUGAACAUACACCAUGUUGAAAUCAUGUUAGAACGUACACCAUGUGAUCUAUUGACGCCGUUACUGCUGCUACUAUCAAACUGAAUUACUACCCGCUCAGGGGUUCUAAACACUAGAACAAACACAUUCACAUAAUUUAUAUCCCUAGACUGUUGAAUCUGGAUUACAUUCUCAUCCAUCAACUUCUGGAUAUCCCUCUUGAUGAUCAAACACCCACGGGGGUUCAUGCUACAAAUUGCACAACCAUCAUGGUCGUGCUCACAAUCACUAAUGGUACACAGGGUCCUAUGCAUCUCUACCAAGGGCCUACGAAUACGUCGCACAUCGAAGACUCAGAAAUUUCCCAAACAACCAUCUACCAUAUUAACAGAGGAAUUACCAUGAGCGGGCGAUGGGUUAGCUUUCACAUUUGGCACACGGUCCUCAAAGGACACCAUCCCACUCUUCACUAGCUUAUGUACCUCAUACUUCAAUGGGUAACAAUUCUCAAUAUCAUGGCCGGGAGCUCCUUGGUGAAAGGUGUAAGACCCCAAUUUUGCCCCUAAGAUCCCUCAUGACAUCAUAUCAUAUCAUUUCAUUGCCUCAAGGAUCAUGGUGCACCUUGCUUCCUUCCCUGUGGGUUGGUUAUCUUUUUGAGAGUGGUUCUUGAUCACCAAGCAUGUUUUGCAUUUGUAUAUCAUUGCUUUUCUUUUUAUCACUAACUAAAAGUACAAAAAUAUGUCAUCUAACCUUUGUCUUGCAGAUGAAGCAAUAAUAGGUCAAAGCAGUCAAAGGCAUUCAUUGAGCAAUAGAUGGUGGCCAUUCUGGAGAAUUUGGACCCCAUAAUCACUAUCAAGAGUUCACAUGAACCAUGAUGUCAUUUUGAAGCAAAAUCCCAAGUGGUAGAGGCUUGAAUUUCAUCAGAACAUUUCCCAGUCAACUGAAGACCUAGAAAGUCAACUGCCAAGUCAAUUGUGGAUUUGGAGGUGGGAAGUGAUUAGAAAUACUUCAUUCAUGUUCAAACAAGUCUCAUUUGACAUUUCAAUCAUCAACAUUGAAGAAUUUAAAGUCAGGUCAAAACUUUCCAAAAAUAGAAAGUGACCUAUAAUUUGAAUUUGCCAAAAAUGGAAAGGUUUUAGCCUAACUUCAACUUCAAAUUACAUCACCAAAAAAGCUUCAAAUGAAAUUUUGUUGAACAUGAAAGUUGUAGAUCUUUCUCUCCCAUUUCCAAAAAGUCCAAGAUCAUCAAUUUCUCAUGUGUGGUUAAGGAGAUAUUAUCAAAACAUGGCAAACUAUGCAUGGAACUUCAAAUGGGCAUAACUUCUCAACCAAAGCUCCAAAAUGAGUGGUUCUUUUUGCAAUAUUCUCCUUUUGAUCUCUAUUUUCCAAAUCAUGCAUCACAUUACACGAAUUGUCGUCACAUGAUCACUUGUUAAUCUAUUGGUUUUUUGGAGGGAAAUUGCAAAAUUAAAAUAUGGUGCAACAUGAGAACUUUCUACCAUUUCCAUUGUGUUUGGAAGAUGAUUUUGAGUGAAAAUGAUCAGCUGCAUGGCACUGUUCACGUGUGCAUGCCAUGCACCAUGCAAUUAUCAAGUUUUGCCAAACACCUUGUUUUUCAAUUAAUUUCAACUAAGCAUGAUUAAUUUGGAUUAAGAGAUGAUUAGUACAUCAUAUAAAUACUCUAAUCAUAACAAAAUUAGGGGGGUUAAUCACUUUUUCACCAUUUUUGGAUCUAGAAACUUUUUCCCUCCAAAAUUUUCUCUCAAUCGAAACUUGAAAAUUCUCCACAUAGCAUAGCAUUUUUCUUCCAUAUUCUGGUUUAUUGAGUGUAGUGGAUGAAGAAUCAAGCAUUGGAUCAUUGGAUUCGAGCAGAAAUCAAGCAUACUCCAAGCAAAUUCAUGAAGAUGGAAGUGGAAAAUUAAUCAAGAUCUAAGCCACUACAAGCUCCAAUUUCUCCAUAAAGCUUCAAGUCAUCGAUAUAGGAGUGGAUCUGGACACUUUAGGAGCUUGAAUCGCCGGCUUUAUUGUUCUGCUCUUCAAGAGGUAAAAACUCGAAUCUCUUAAUUCUUCAAUCCAUUGCCAUGUUUAGGUAGAGCUUUUCAUGCUGAUUAAUCUGAUAUAAAAUUCGUGCGAAAUGUAUGAGAAACGAAUGAGUUAUGCUUGACUAAAGGUUGACAUGUCAAAAUGUUUUUGCUCGUUUCUCUUUAAUCUUGAUGAAUUAGGAUUAGAUGUUGAUUGAUCUGUAUUCUCCAUUGGAAGAGCUUUCUGUUGAUAUCAUUUUUUGCGAAAUUCUGGAAAAUUUUCUGAACACAUGCACUGUAGCUCUGCUGUCUUCGCGAAGAAGAUGGUGGAAACCACCGCGUACCAUACGCGUAUCACUGUGCACCAUACGCGUAUCACUAUGCACCAUACGCGUAUCACUAUGCACCAUACGCGUAUCACAUGCUGCAUAUUUUCAAACUUAAAUCCAUUUAAUUUUUCCCUCCAAUUUCCAUAUGCAUUAUCCAUUUUAUUUCAACAUUGUUUUCCAAACUUCAAAAAUUCAUAUUAAAUUGAAAAUUGAUCCAAAAAAUACCCAAUUUUUUGCCACUGGUUCCUCUGUUUGUCUAUUAUUUUUUGAUCAUAAUUUCCAAAAUUAUGCGUGGCUGGAUUUUUAUUGGUGCUGGGUUAUUUGAUCAUAUGUCUCAUUUUGACCUUGCCUUGCUUAUACAUUUGUGAAAUGCUGGUCUUUGAUCCAAUGAAACUGAAAAUUUGCAUGAUGAAACUAGACUCUUUGCUUGACAUUUUGGUGUUGAUUUGGUAUUUUUACCAUUUAUCAUUUCUGUUUUAUGAUUGUUCUAAGUUGGUAUGACAAUUUGUGUCACACCUUUUGAUGUUCAACUUAGGUGAUGUGUUUGCCUUGCCAAAUCAUCUCCAAUUGCUCUGAUUUUGUGUGUGAUGCAUGUUACGGAUGUUGUGAAUAAGCAUGAAUUUUCUUGGAAUUAUUUGAAUUAUUUCUGAUUUAAUUGAAAUUUUUCAUUCUGGUUGAUCACAUUUGAGCUUUAAAAUUGCCUUGAACUUCAAUUGAUCAUGAAAUGCUUUUGGUAUAUGAUAUUGAUGUGAGACCUUUUGGAUUGUUUCAAGAUGGGUUUGAAGUUGAUUCAUGUUAAUUUUAAGCUUCUGUUUCAAAUUUUUUCUCCACCUUUGACCCUAGGCUUUGACCUAGUGGUUUGCCUCUCACAUUUGAGCUUUGAUUUCAGGUUAAACAUCCAAGUUCCAUAUUUGUUGAUGCUCCAUCAUUUGAGCAUUGAUGUCUGCCUUUGAUUACUAAUCUUUGUGUGUUUUGUAGGCUGAUGUUAACUCAUUUGAGUUUGACCUUUGGCUUACACAUUGUGUACAGUGGGAUUAUUUGUUGCUUAUUGACUGUUGUUUGGUUGUCUGAACUUUGUACUGAUUUGUUUGACGUUUUCACAGGUACAUAAUUGCUUUAAGUUCAUUUUGAACUUUGCUUUUGCUUGGUUGCUUAACCACUUAGGUAUAACCUCUCUUCUUCAUGUAGUCUGGAAGACCUGUCCUGUUAUGUGGGCAGGCACCUGUCUGAAGUCCUCCUUAAGAGGCAAUGCUUGUGAUUGUUUACUUUUUGUGCCAAGCAGGAAAAGUCCUCUUAUGAGGCAAUCGGCAGAUAAAAGAGAUGUGUAAUCCAUCUCCUGCUACUCAGUGUGUCAUUCACCUUGCUCACACCAUGUGUUGAUGCAUGGUGAAUAAUAACCCAAGAUCUUAUAGAGUCAGAUCAUUUGUGGAGAAGAGUUCCAACUUUCUGAACUCCCACACUUUCUAUUGUUUAAAGCUCUCCCAUGCCAGGGAUAAGAGCUAUGAGGCACACCCCUCGUCUCCAUUUCAUCUACUUCAUCCUAACUCUCAAUGUUAGGGUUAAGAGCACAAAAUACCCCAUUCCAGUUGACUGAAAAGUCUAACCUUGCUUGAGCCUAAUUGAUUGUAUAUAGUGUGUGCUAACUGACUUGAUUGUCUGCUUACUUGAUUCAUCUGUGCAUAUUUGCUUGACUAUGCCUUUGUGCAUUUAUCAUCAUCAUUUGUAUAUCAUUUCAUAAAAUUUGCUUUGUAGCAUUUUGCUUUGUCCAUGGAGGAGACAAGCAUAAGUCCAUUACUUGGCAGUUGUUCCUAUGAUAUGGUGGGAGACUAGUAUAAGUCCAUUGAUUGGCAUCUGGUAUCCAUGUUUGUUUGUGCUUUAGGAGAUUGGUAUAAGUCCAUUGAUUGGCAUCUGGUAUCCAUUUUUUGUUUUGUGAGAUUAGUGUAAGUCCAUUGAUUGGCAUCUGGUAUCAUUGCUUCUUUUGUUUUAGGAGAUUGGUGUAAAUCCAUUGAUUGGUAUCCGAUAUCCAUGUUUGUUUGUGAGAUUGGUGUAAGUUCAUUGAUUGGCAUCCGGUAUCCCUUUUUCAUUUGCUUAGUUGCAUUGUUGCCUUAUUCCAAAGGAAUCACUUGAAUCAUCUACAUAUGAUUUCAAGAGGUGAACAUCUAAGAAGUUUUACUUCCUCACCCUCCCACCUUUUGUUCCUUUAAACCUCCAUGUGCAUGCUAAUCCAAAACUUGAAAACUAUUGCGCAAACAUCUUCAUUUGUUUUCAAAUUAGAAACCUAGGCCUUAGGCCUAUGAUUUUUUCAAACUUCAUUUUCAUAAUACUUCUUGUGAAUUGAAUUCUAAUCAUGCUUUGACCCUCUUUUGUGAAUAAAUCCUAAUUGGUUAAUUUCACUCAUUCAAUUGUUUUGUGGCUUUGUUCAUUCUUGAUAAGUUUUCACACAUUAGCCAUAGGUUUGAUUUAUCCUAGUUGGUUGAUGUUAAUCUCACCUUUUGUCCUUAGUGAUUGAAUUGUAAGACUUCCUUGCUUAUUAUAGGGUUAACCCCUCACUAGCAAGUUAAAGCUUUUCUCACAUGGUGGACUUGUUGUUUGUAUAAGGUUGAGUUUUCUCCCGUGGAUAACGAAAGACCUUAGGGCUUUUGUUUUAAAAUGAAUCCACUCAUAUUUUGGAAAUCUUUUAGCCGAACUACGGUGUUUUGAUCCUUACCUUCCAUAGAAAGGUACGUAGGCAACGCGUUCAUCCGUUCAAACACAAAAAUAAUAACAUGUAUAUUCUUUUCCCAUCCCUUCAAUCCAUGUUUGCACAAUAAAUAUUUCAUAAACAAAUAACAUUUCGUACAACAAGUGUGAAAAGGGCUCCCUAGGAGUACCUAGGACGUUUUGGGUGCCUAACACCUUCCCCUUGCGUAAUUAACCCCUUACCCAGAUCUCUGAUCUUUUCAUUAGUUUUCUAUGUGUAAAACUUCUUAGGCUUUUGUUCGCUUUUUAGCCAUUCCUUUGGAUAAAUAAAAGUGCGGUGGCGACUCGAUUCUUUGUAUGCUUUUCUUUUGAUUUAAUCAAUAAAUCAUAAGGUGACGAAUACACCGCUACAGAAAAGUGGCGACUCUGCUGGGGAGUUCUCCUUGGUGGUUUUGCCUACUUUUCGCCCUUGUUGUAUGAUAUUUGUUUAUCUGUUAUUUGACAUAUUUUUGUACAAUUUGGGAUAACUGUAUUGAUUGUAAUGUUUGAAUUACUUGAUAUACAAUUGCUUGUUUGCUUGGUGAUCUCUGUGAGAUGAGUUCUAUACCCGAACUCGAGUGCACCUUAGGAUAGGAGAAUGGCAUAGUCUUGUCGACUUGUGUGGAGUAUUCCUUAACAAGUUGACUUGCGAGUCCAUUCACUUGGUGGAGGUCAUGUUGGAUUAAUAAUGUCACACAAGUUAUUUGUGGUUAGGCAUUAUUCUUUCAAUCAUGUGCCUUAGAAGCCAAGGACCUUAGUUUACCAAGCCCAUCUUGGCCUAUUUUUAGGACGUAGUGCGGAGGUCGUUCAGGUGUAAGAUCUAAUACGAUUGUUACGUGAUACUACACUCAUAAGAGUCUCUCUUGAGAAUAUUUUUGGAAUACGAGUAUUCGUUCCUCCGAUAAUAUUCGAAAGAUGGGAUGAUGAAUAUGGGAACCUCUGGUAGAACAUGUUCGGCAGGUUUAAACCCUAGUACACUCCCUUUGGGUGGUUCUUAACCGAGACUCCAUGCUCGUGACUCGCAACAAACCCGUGAUUCGUGGUUGAGUCGUUCAGACAUCCUUAAUAUCAAUGGAACUUGGGUGUCGAUAAGGUGAAAACCAUAAUCCACCAAAAUGGAUGAUUGAUAUUAAGGAUGAUUGAGCCGGUUCAUGUAUCGUUAAUAUCAAUGGAACUUGGGUGUCGAUAAGGUGAAAACCAUAAUCCACCAAAAUGGAUGAUUGAUAUUAAGGAUGCUAUGAGCUUUCCCAUGACCUUUGUCUGGUGUGAUUUGCUUGAUCCUUGAGUGUGAUUGUUGCAUUCAUAAAUUCAUGCAUUCAUACAUUCAUGCAUUCAUCUGCAUUCAUGUCAUCAGAAGAAUCAGAAAAUUUUCAAGGAACUUAAAGGGUUUAUUUGCAAAAUUUUCAGACAUGGAAAGACCAAAAAGGCAUACAAAGAAGUACAGCUUUAGACAGCCCGAUGUGAAAGAGUUAAGGAAUCUGACAUCUUAUGUAUUAGAUCCCUUGGGUUUCAAAGCUCGUUAUGGGAAGCUUCUGCCUCUGUUGACUACUCAGGUGGACGAGGGGUUGAUGAGUACUUUGGCGCAGUUCUAUGAUCCUCUGUAUCACUGUUUCUCUUUUCCGGACUUUCAGCUGUUGCCUACGCUUGAGGAGUAUGCUCAUCUUGUGGGUAUUCCUAUUCUGGAUCAGGUGCCGUUCAGUGGCUUAGAGAGUAUUCCGACUUCUCGAGAGAUCGCAGACUUGUUGCACAUAGAUGAAUCCCUGAUUGAAGCGCAUAUGACCACCAAAGGUGGAAUUCAGGGUCUUCCUUCUGAUUUCCUCAUUGCUCAAGCCACCGUUUAUGGGAAGGCCAUGAGUGAGGAUGCCUUUGAGGCUUUAUUUGUGUUGCUCAUCUACGGUUUGGUAUUGUUCCCCAACAUCGACAAAUUAGGAUCUUUGCUGUUCUUAAUCCCGUUCCUACUCUGUUAGGUGAUACCUAUUUCUCUUUGCAUCUGAGGAAUGCAAAGGGUGGAGGAGUUAUCGUGUGCUGUCUGCCUCUGCUGUAUAAGUGGUUUAUUUCUCACUUACCGCAGACGGUUGCUUUCAAGGAGAACAAGGGAUGUCUACGGUGGUCUACGAGACUUAUGUCUCUCACUAAUGACGAUAUCUCUUGGUAUGAUCGCGUGUAUGAUACAGUUCAGAUCAUUGAUUAUUGUGGUGAAUUUCCUAAUGUGCCUCUUCUUGGUACAUGUGGUGGGAUAAGCUACAACCCUAUCUUAGCACGUCGUCAGCUUGGGUUCCCCCUAAAGGAUAAACCUCAUAACAUUCUGUUAGAAGGUGUGUUCUUUCAGGAGGGUAAAGAUCCCCAAGGCCUGAAAGCCAGGAUGGUCAGCGCUUGGCGCAAGAUUCACAAGAAGGGUAGAAAUGAGUUGGGUCCGAAGAACUACAUUGCUUUGGAGCCGUAUACUUCUUGGGUCAGACAGAGAGCUUCUGAGUAUCUUAUGCCAUAUGAUUAUCCGAGACCUACACCGUGGGUUGUGGCUGGGCCUUCAACCCUCCCUAACCAAGAUGUAGAGAAGUUGAGAGAAGAAGAACUUUCACGUGCCUGGAUCCGUGAAAGAGAAGAGGUUCUUCAGCAAAUCAAGGAGAAGGAUGCUCUGAUUGAGUUCCUCGAGCAUCAGGUCAUAGAUGAUUCGAAUGAUACCUAGACUUCCCUGCUUCCUCAGUCUUCCAAAUUCUGGAAGAGGAAGUAUGAUCGACUUGCUAAGGAGAAAGCAGAUAUGGAAGCAGCAUAUGAGAGAGAGAGAUCAAGAGGCUUUGUGUAUCUCGCCUUCCAACAUCUCGAGCUUCUAGGGAUCCAUAGGAUGUUAUUUUCCUUUUCCCUUGUAAUAUAAUCAACAAUGCUGUACUUCUUUGUCUCGAAUAUAUUUGAUGAAAUAUUUUCCAUAUGCGAUUAAAUGCUUUAAAUUUCAAAAAUUUGCAAAUAGAACCCUAAAAGUUCCUUGAAAAAAAAAACAAAGCAUAUGCACAAGCAUUGCAUGCAUCAUUUGCAUAAGCAGGUGUCGUUUUGGUCUUCUUGUCCGUGGCCUAACUCUGUGCUCUUCAUUUAUUUUGAAGACAAGCUGACUCAUCGGUACUAUACCAGAGCCAAUUCUGCAAGAGUGAUGGCUCAGUUGGAACAAGAGAACAGAGAACUGAAGGAAGAGGUCGCCAGAUUGAGUGCUCUGAUGGAGCAAUUUUUGGCUGCUCAGAAUCAACCUUCUCCACCUCCUGCAACUCCUCCCCAGAGGACUGAUAUAUCAGAGGUUGUGUCCUCGACUGUGCCAGCCGCUAGUGCUCAUUUUGCGCCACAUGCCAUGCCAGCCGGGUUUCCGUGGGGUAUGCCUCCAGGUUUCAUGCCUGAUAUUCCAGCUCCUACCUUUGCUUCCAUGCCGGCAUCUAGCCCGGUCCUUGCAAUGCCUCCUCCUGUCGUGCAUACCAUUCCCAGGGUAGACGACACCGUCUAUCAUUCUGAGCCGUCUGAGGGCCCAAAUGUUAAUGAAAAGAUGGAAGCUAUGAAUGACCAAUUCCUCGAGCUCCGUAAGGAAUUGAAGACCCUCCGAGGGAAAGAUUUGUUCGGCAAGUCUGCUGCCGAGUUAUGCCUGGUUCCCGGUGUGAAGAUACCUCUCAAAUUCAAAGUCCCUGACUUUGAGAAAUAUAAAGGGAAUACCUGCCCUCUCGCUCACCUGGUCAUGUAUGCCAGGAAAAUGUCUACUCAGACUGAUAAUGAUCAGCUUCUGAUUCAUUACUUUCAGGAUAGUUUGUCCGGUGCAGCUCUUCGUUGGUAUAUGAGCCUUGAAAGCGCAAACAUCCGAUCCUUCAACGAUCUUGGCGAAGCCUUCGUCAAGCAAUACAAGUAUAAUGUUGAUAUGGCUCCUGACCGUGAUCAACUCAGGGCCAUGUCUCAGAAGGAUAAAGAGACAUUUAAAGAGUAUGCCCAGAGGUGGCGAGAGCUGGCAGCUCAGAUCACUCCUCCGCUGGAAGAGAAGGAGAUGACUAAGAUUUUUCUGAAGACUCUUACUUCAUUUUAUUACGAGCGGAUGGUCGCUAGUGCUCCCUCUGAUUUCACUGAGAUGGUGAACAUGGGGAUGCGUUUGGAGGAAGGUGUCCGGGAAGGACGGUUGUCUAAAGAUGAAAGCUCUUCUAAACGAUAUGGGGCGUUUAAGAAGAAAGAUGGGGAGGCACAUGCUGUGCAAUCUCAUGUUAAACCUAGAAGAUCCUCCGAUAAGAGGAAGCCAGUGCGUCAUCAGUACCAGGUGGCUCAUAUAGCACCUGUCUUCAGAGACAACAAUCAGCAUCAGCAACAACCUCGGUAUCAGCAGCAACAUCGUCCAUAACAACAGGCUUACCCGCCUCGUGGCAGCACCAGUAAUCAAGCUAAUUUGAAUUAUGAUAGGAAAAAGAUCAGUUUCGAUCCAAUUCCUAUGACAUAUGCUGAGUUAUAUCCCUCUUUAAUAGAGCGGAAACUGGUUACUCCCAGAGAGCCUUCGGCUGUGCCUGCUAACCCGCAGUGGUGGUACAAGCCAGAUUAAUAUUGUGUUUAUCAUUCCGGUGCUCCGGGACAUAAUAUAGAGAACUGCUAUCCAUUGAAGACUAAGGUGCAAGACCUUAUGAGAUGCGGCAUUCUGAGCUUUGAGGACUCAGGCCCCAAUGUUACGAAGAACCCAUUGCCCGAGCAUGGGAAGUCGGUUAACAUGGUCCAGGGUUGCCCUGGCAAAUAUAAAGUCAAAUAUGUAAGCCAUAUUCGACAGUCAUUGGUCGAGUUGCAUCGUCUGCUGUGUCAGUACAGUCAUAUGGAGCACGACCAUGACAGAUGCCAUAUCUGCUCUGUUAACAGAUUGGGUUGUCGCCAAGUGCGAAAAGAGCUUCAAGAGCUGUUGGAUGAGGGUACCAUUGAGAUUCUUCAAAACAGAAAUGUUGAUGAAGACGAACCAGAAGUGAAUGUGAUUUCUCCUGUCACUACGCCAAAAAUGACUUUUAACAGCGCAUCUUAGACAACGCUUUUAAAAGAAAGCGCUGUCUAAGGUUAAAAUUAAAAUAAAACACGGAAAAUGUUCCAAAAAAAUAAUGAAAGCGCUGUCUAAGGGGGGGUCUUAGACAGCGCUUUUAGAAAGCGCUUUUAAAUAUAGACCUUAGUCAGCGCUUUUGAUAAAGCGCUGUCUAAAGUCUUUAAAUUAAAAAAAAAAUUAAAACCAAAAGCGCUGUCUAAGGGGGGGUUUAGAAAGCGCUUUUGGAAAGCGCUGUCUAAGGCAUACCUUAGAAAGCGCUUUCCACAAAAGCGUUGUCUAAGGUCUAAUUAAAAUAAUGUAAUAAUAUAUAUAGGACACAUGUGUUUUACGUUCUACAUCUAGUGUAGCAGGAAAAACCCUAGUAUCGAAAAACCCUCAUUUCUCUUCAUUCUCACUCAGAUCCAUUAUGGCGAAAGCAGUUGCUUCUUCCUUCAGACGCCUCUCCACGCAAUUCACAAUGCGCGUUUUCUCCACCACCACUUCCGCCGCCGGUGCGCUGUCAAAACCUUCACCCCUCACUACCCGUCGUUAUAUCCUCCCUAUGUCCCAAGCCAUACUUCAGUCUCUUACUCCGACAGCCCAUUUCAGAGUCGGCCGCGCCGGUUACUCGUCCUAUUCGCCGUUAAACUCGGGUUCCUCCUCCUCUUCCUUCAGCGACCGACCUCCUACUGAGAUGGCCCCACUCUUUCCUGGUUGCGAUUACAAUCACUGGCUCAUCGUUAUGGACAAGCCCGGCGGUGAAGGUGCUACCAAGCAACAAAUGAUUGAUGCUUACGUCCAAACCCUCGCCAAAAUUCUUGGAAGUGAAUAGGAAGCUAAGAAGAAGAUUUACAAUGUAUCUUGUGAGAGUGAUUAGGAUAUUGGUGUGUGAUAUGAAUAUGAGACCACUUUGGAUUUGGUUGUGAGAUUGACGAGGAGACUUCCAAUAAGCUGGAAGGGUUGCCCGGAGUUCUGUUUGUCCUCCCUGAUUCAUAUGUUGAUCCAGAGUACAAGGACUAUGGCGUGUCCUCAACAACGUAAUCAAAUAGAUUGCGGGUAUUUCAUGUUGAGGUUUAUGCGAGAUACUCUUGCUUUGGGCCGAUUAAAGAUUCCCACCGAUUACUUUGAUGAAUUCAAGUGUGCAUUUUAUACAAAGGAUCAAGUGGACGAAAUCAAAGAGGAGUGGUGUCAAUUCAUGAUAGAGCUCAAUGUUUGUUCAUAAAUUUGUGUAAUUAAUGUGUACAUUUGUAGUAUAUGUUAUGACUUGUAAAUGUGUACAUAAAUUUGUAUAUAUUUUGAUACAUUUAA